CUCAAAAGACAAAUGAAGAAUAAAUCAGACGAGAUGGUGUUCAUCUUACUGGGACUGACAGAUGACCCUCAGCUACAAAUACUAGUUUUCCUAUUUCUCUUUGUCAACUACAUCCUGAGCCUGAUGGGGAACUUUGUCAUCAUCCUGCUCACACUGCUGGACCCCAACCUCAAGACUCCCAUGUACUUCUUCCUUCGAAAUUUCUCCUUCUUAGAAAUUUCUUUCACCACAGUUGACAUCCCACACUUCUUGAACAGCAUUGUCACAGGAGACAAAACAAUCUCCUACAACAGUUGUGCAACUCAACUAUUCUUUUUCUUUCUACUAGGAAUUACAGAGUUUUACCUCCUGGCCGCGAUGUCCUAUGACCGCUACGUGGCCAUCUGCAAACCCCUGCAUUACCCGGUCAUCAUGAACAGCAAGGUGUGCCACCAGCUGGUGCUCAGCUCCUGGGUGAUUGCAUUCUUAACCAUCUCUCCCCCUUUGCUCUUAGGACUCCAGCUGGAUUUCUGUGCAUCCAGAACAAUUGACCAUUUUCUAUGUGACACCUCCCCAGUCCUGCAGCUCUCCUGCACAGACACAAGUUUCAUAGAAAGGAUGGCUUUCAUCUUAGCUUUGUUGACGCUUAUCUUCACAUUGUUCUUAGUGGUCCUCUCCUACAUAUUCAUCAUCAAAACCAUCCUAAAAUUCCCCUCUGUCCAACAACGAACAAAGGCGUUUUCCACCUGUUCCUCACACAUGGUUGUUGUCUCCAUUACUUAUGGGAGUUGUAUCUUCAUGUAUAUAAAGCCUUCUGCAACAGAAAGAGUGACUUUCAAUAAAGGUGUAGCUGUGCUUAAUACCUCAGUGGCCCCUUUACUAAAUCCUUUCAUUUAUACUCUAAGGAACAAGCAGGUAAAGAAAGCUUUUAAACAUGUGCUUCAAAGGAUUUUUUUUUUUGCAAAACCAAGAAGCAAUAGCUAUGUACACUCAACAUGUUGUUGA